AUGAAGCACAUCGUCAUACUCGGUAGCACGGGUUCUAUUGGGAAGAACACUCUCAGCGUUGUUGAAACGCAUGCUGACGAAUUUAAGGUGGUCGGUCUCGCAGCGAACCGAGAUGUUGAUACCCUUGAACAACAGAUUCGACGGUAUCGUCCGGCGUUGGUGGCUUUAAAUGAACCCACAGCGGCGGCACAACUCCGUGAACGGAUCCGAGAUCUCAACUGCACACAAGUACUCGCUGGCACCGAGGGACUUCAAACUGUAGCGACGAUGCCGCAGGCGUCCCAAGUCUUAGAUGGCAUGGGCGGAAGUGCGGGCUUGCUACCGACGUUGGCAGCGAUUAACGCCGGCAAGGACAUCGCUUUUGUUAAUAAAGAGGUAAUGGUGAUGGCGGGACCUCUUGUUAAUGCCGCUGUCGAAGCAAACGGUGUUAACUUGAUACCGAUAGAUGGUGAAAUGAGUGCCAUUUUUCAAUGCUUGGAGGGCGCGCGCGACCCGAAAGCAGAUAUCCAUCGACUUCUGAUUACUGCAUCAGGGGGACCGUUCCGAGAGGUGCCGAAAGAGGCACUCUAUUCCGUCACCCCACAGCAAGCACUCCGGCACCCGAAUUGGAAGAUGGGACAGAAAAUCACAAUCGACUCCGCGACAAUGAUGAACAAAGGGCUGGAGGUCAUUGAGGCGAAAUGGUUGUUUGAUAUAGAACUCUCGAAGAUUGACAUCGUCGUUCAUCCAGAGAGUAUUGUCCAUUCUAUGGUGGAGUGGACAGAUGGUUCCACACUCGCACAACUCGGACCCACAGAUAUGCGCAUUAUGAUCCAAUACGCUUUAACCUAUCCCCGUAGAUUCUCCACACCUGUGCCACGUUUGGAUUUGAUGGAGGCACGCACACUACGCUUUGAACCGGUUGACUUUGGGAAGUUUCCUUGCCUCUCGCUGGCGUAUACUGCCGCGGAAGUCGGUGGCACACUACCUGUGGUGCUCAGUAGCGCAGAUGAGGUGGUCGUAGAGGCUUUUCUUGAUACUUGCAUCGGAUUUAUGGAUAUACCCGCGAUCCUCGCGCGUGUGAUGGAUGCGCAUGAGGUGAUCUCCGACCCAACACUUUCGGAUAUUCUUGAGGUUGACCGGUGGGCAAAAUCAACAGCACGUUCAAUAAUAAAAAAUCACGUACGAUCAAAUAAAAAGUCGAUGGGCUGA